AUGGAGUCGGUGGCUUUGUACAACUUCCAGGCGACGGAGAAGGACGAGCUGCCUUUUCAGAAAGGGGAUACCCUGAAGAUCCUCAACAUGGAAGAUGACCAGAACUGGUACAAGGCUGAGCUGUAUGGCUGCGAGGGCUUCGUCCCCAAAAACUACAUCAAGGUCAAGCCGCAUCCGUGGUACGCGGGCAGGAUCUCCCGGCACCUGGCAGAGGAGCAGCUCCUCAAGCGCAAGCACCUGGGAGCCUUCCUGAUCCGCGACAGCGAAAGCACCCCGGGGGAGUUCUCCAUCUCCGUCAACUACGGGCAGCACGUCCAGCACUUCAAGGUGCUCAGGGAGAGGAACGGCAAAUAUUUCCUCUGGGAGGAAAAGUUCAACUCCCUCAACGAGCUGGUGGAUUUCUACAGGACAACCACCAUUGCCAAAAAGCAGCAGAUCUUCCUCCGGGAUGAGGACCAGACCCAGGAGGUGAGAAGACCCAAAUUCGUGCAAGCCCAGUUCGACUUCUCGGCCCACGAUGGCUCCCAGCUGCCCUUCCUCCGUGGGGACAUCAUUGAGGUCCUGGACUGCCCAGACCCCAACUGGUGGCAGGGGAAGAUCUACGGACGCGUCGGCCUCUUUCCCCGCAACUACGUCCACCCCAUCCGCAAGUGAGCUGCCGCUG